CCUAGUUCCUGUUUUACCGGAAGCCAGCACAAAAAUAGCAAGCCAAGAUGUCUGUAAGAUCAAGUUAUACUGCUCCUGAAUACAGGACAGAGUUCUCAACGAGAGAAGGUGUGUACAGGAACGUGCGUCUAUCAGAGCACUGUAGACCCAGCCGACAGGCAUUGUUUGGCAAAGAGCUGUCUCCUGUCAGAGUAUCCUUUGUGAACUGCAAAGAUAAAGAUGGGGUUGUGGAAUGGAUAGUCUUCAAUGCUGGCAAGGAGUUGUACGUCUAUUCUUUUGACGGAGUCGGAAAGGCUCCUGAUCUGAAACACUAUGUGGACAAACGUAUCUACAAGACUCCGACUAUCCCGGUGUGUCAUGAUUUCAAUCAGAUGACUCGAAGUCGAUCUCACCUCGACCUGAUCAUAGGCUUCUCUACAGGCCCAGUGCAACUUCUCAGUCCCAUCGAUCGACAAGCAGUCAGCUCCUUCAAUGAAGAUGGCUCUAUAGACAACACGAGAGUGACUUGCAUCAAAUGGGUGCCUGGAUCAGAACAUCAUUUCGUUUCUUCGCAUCGCAGUGGAUAUCUGUACGUAUGGGACUCAGAGCAAACCUCUAAAACCACUGGCCAACAAAAUUUCUCCCUCGACAUUGAGAUUCAAGAUGCUAAAAUCCACACAGUCAAACCAAAAAACAAGUCCCCCAUUCUCCAUCGAUGGGCUGUCGGGCACGGUGCUAUCAAUGCAUUCGCUUUCUCUCCCGAUUCAAUUCAUAUUGCCAUUGCAAGUCAAGACGGUUUUACGAGGAUAUACGAUUUCCACAAGCAUGUGAUCUACGGUCGAAUGAGGAGCUAUUUCGGAGGGUUCCUGUGUGUGUGUUGGAGCCCUGAUGGCAAGUAUCUAGCAACCGGAGGAGAAGACGAUCUCAUCACAUUGUGGUCGUUUGAGCAUAAGAAAGUUGUUUCACGCGGUGAGGGUCACAAGUCAUACGUGAACGCAGUUGCAUUUGAUCCGUAUACGACUAUACUACCGGAUUCUGACGAUUCCCUGAGUGCCGACAAACCUACUAGUAUUUCUAACUCCCCUACCCUCACGUCCCAAAGUGCUUCCACUCUCGGACGAUCGCUAACCGAGCUUGGAGGAGGGGACAGAGAUAUCACUGCAUACAGACUGGGCUCGGUCGGACAAGACACUCAACUUUGUCUGUGGGAUUUGUCGGGAGAUGCUUUGAAACUAAGACGACCAUUUGCUCGUACAAGAUCUAGAGUGGCUAGUCGACAUGCUGGACAUCAAUCACAUUCUGAAGCAGCUACUACUAAGUCAACAGUACCUCAAGAAGACCCAACAGAAUUGAACUCUGUACCACAAAACAAUACUAAGGAAGUUGUGUCAAAUCAUGUUGAUAAAAGCCAGGGUGCCUCAAGCAAGAAAAGAAGUUCUGUAGUCAGCAACGGAGCGGAGUCAACCCCUUCAAUCUCCUCCCAAUCAUCAGCAGACAAAACCUCGGGCAAAAAAGACAAAAAGAAAAAGAACAAAGACAAAGAGAACAAAGACAAGAGUGAAGAGUCUGUGAACAGUGACGGUAGUAAACGCAAGGGCUCUCAGUGGAAGGACCCAAUGAAGAAAGUUCUACAGUUUGUAGGAGUGAGCUCAUCACCCCACCACAAUGUCGGAGCUAUGAGGUGCCAAGUAUUUGAAUCAUGUAACAGUGAUGAUAUUGCUCCCAAGAUGGAGGAAGUGAACUUAAUCGAGCCGUUAGUGGCCAAGAAAAUCUCCCAAGAGAGGAUCACUUGUCUUGUGUUUCGAGAGGACUGUAUAGUGACUGCCACGCAGGAGGGAUUCAUCAACACAUGGGCUAGACCAGACACUGACCUGCCCCCUGAGGCACUGGGGGAGAGGAAUAUAUCUGAGGCCAUGGCAUUACCUAGCAACCCUGGGAUCAACAGCCCCAAGCCUGGUCAACCAGAUCAUGGCACAACACCAGUCAAGAGCACAGCUAUUUAGUACAUAUCAUGUGACUAUUCGUGUGUUAGGGUAACGUGUACGUGUGUUCUGUUUUUCCUUGAAAUCUAAUCUUGUGUGAGCUUGUGUGAGCUUGUGUUGUAUAGCAGCAAUGGUAACCGUGUUUUUAUCUGAGUUUGAUUUAUACAACAAUUUUCCCUCAUG